GCGACACAGUUCUAGACAAACACUUGUACAGCAACAUGUUCGCAGCGAUCCUAUUAGGGCUGGUGGUGUCGGUGGCCGCCGCGCCUCACCGCGCCGCGCCGGAGUACGGCCGCCUCAGCGACUACGUGUAUGACGACAACGUCUUCGACACGCACAAGUUCUGGUCGGAGCUGGAGGCGUCGCUGCUGCUGGAGCAGAUCCUCGAGGACUUCUACAAGCACUUCCCGUCGCGCGUGGACAUCGCCGGCGUGCGCGGCCACGAGUACCAGGUGCUCAUCACCAUCCCUGACUACGAGGAGAAGGAUAUAGUGGUGAAGGCGCGCACCGGCGUGCUGAUGGUGGAGGCGACGCGCGCGGCGGGCAGCGACCUGCACCACUACCUGGACGUGCGCUCACUGCCCGCCGCCGUGGACCCCGCCGGCAAGUGGAACUACAACGAGGGCGUGCUCAACAUCACGUUCCCGCUGCGAGGGCCAGUGGAGACGUCGAGCGAGGAGCUGGGGACCGCCGCGCCCGCCACCGCCGCGCCGCGCGACCGCGAGGAGAUGGAGCCGGCCGGGGAGGCCACCGACGACGCGGAUGUCGGCCUGGACCAAGACAAGGUGCAGGACAUCGACACCAACGAGAUCAAGCAGAGCUCCGUGGAGGCCACCACGUACGCCGUCGAUAUGAACAACGAAAUCGAGUUCGUUCCUGUCUCGUUAAAGUAAGCUUCUCUAGUGAUAGUGUAAUUAUGUGAUACUUAUUUUGUAGAAUAAAUACUUAAUUUAAUUCCG